AAAAUUAAAAAAAUAGAUAAGAAAAUGAUUAAGUAAGCUCUGUACUCACGACUCAACUAAGACCUCUGUCCAGUGUCUACCGAAUUAAAUAAAUUAAACAAUAAGUCUCAUAAUGUAAUCAACUCCUUUUUUUUUUUUACCCCAAACCCAUCUCUAUGACACAGAAUCAUGCGGGCCUUUCUCCCGCCUCCGUCGAGACCAUCGCCGGUCUCUCCGCCGGAUCCAUAGCCACCCUCGUCGUCCACCCCCUUGACAUUGUUAAGACGCGGAUGCAAAUCCACCAGCGCACCACCACAGGCUCCCAACAUGCCCCAACCACCACCUCCCUAAUCCGCGCGCUAGCGCAGACGCCAAACCCGUGGGCCUCGCUCUACCGGGGCCUGACGCCGAACCUGCUGGGCAAUGCCUCGAGCUGGGCGUCCUUCUUCUUCUUCAAAGCGCGCGCCGAGCGGUUCAUCGCGGGGCUCAAGUCUCCUGCCCCUUCUUCAUCUUCACCACCACAACUAACCCCACGUGACUACUUCGCCGCCUCCGCCGCCGCCGGCCUCGUCACCCAGGUCCUGACGAACCCGAUCUGGGUGAUGAAGACGCGGAUGCUGUCGUCGGACCGCUCCGCCGCCGGCGCGUACCCGAGCAUGUGGGCCGGCGCCGCGCGCCUGCUGCGGGACGAAGGGUGGCGCGGGUUCUACCGGGGGCUGGGCAUCAGCCUUUUGGGGGUCGCCCACGGCGCCGUGCAGUUCGCCGUGUACGAUCCCGUCAAGAGGCUUUACUUGGCUAAGCGCAACCAAAAACAACAACAACAACAACAACAGCAAAUAUCUCUUCCCGGGCGCCAAGAAGACCAUCAUGUGCAGGCACAGCAAACAACGAGGAUGAGCAACGAGGCGACCGUCGUCAUCUCCAGCAUCGCCAAGCUGGUCGCCGGCGCCGUCACCUACCCUUACCAGGUGAUCCGCAGCCGCCUGCAGAACUACGACGCCGACGCUCGGUUUGGGAGGGGCAUCCAGGGGGUGGUGAGGAAGACGUGGAGGGAAGAGGGGUGGCAUGGAUUUUAUCGUGGCAUCGUACCCGGAGUCGUCAGGGUCUUGCCUGCGACGUGGGUUACGUUCCUGGUAUACGAAAACAUGAAAUAUCACUUGCCUCAGUGGUCGUCGACGAGCUAGCAAAACACCUUGCUGUUAUAAUUGGGAUUAUCUUUUCUUCGCAUUUGUACACUAGGAGUUAUACCCCCGAAAUACCCAUCUUCGCCAGGAUAGAUGCUUGGAAGUGGAUGGCCAUAAAACGAUAACGAUGACUGGCUUUAUCCCAGGGCACACAAUUACUACUGCUCUUGUUCAUGCCAGAAUCAAUUAAUCUAUCUCGUACACUCCUAAACGUAGGGCGGAAAUGCUUUCCUUUGCAUUGAGCAUAUGCUAUGACGCCCUUGUCCCAGAUCAAUCUGGGCUAACACCGGGUUUAGGUUGAAUAUAUUGCAGAACCCCUACACUUGUUUCUCACUGAGAGACCAGUUUCUCCUGCAAAAACGCCUCCUCAAUGGCUGAUCGUCGCCGGA